CAAUCAGCGAUUCAUUCCCUCCCCUUAGCGGGCCAUUCAUUCCCUCCCUUUACAGCGGGCUCUACAGUUUAUACAAUCUGCACCCACGGUUCGUCUAACGGUGGAGAAAAAGUAAAAGUCACCCACAAAUCAGGACGGAGUUUACGUUUGGUGCUUUCAGUUUCUGACCAGCACGGGUCUACUGUGGUCAUCAUGGCCUGGACUUGUUUUUUAGUUUUUUUCAUGCUUGGAUUUUUCCCCGCUCAAUCUCAGGAUAGCAGUGAAUGUCCAGAAAACUACGUAAAGAUACACCGAAGUUGCUACAAGUUUGUCACAGAUGGCGACAGCACUGCCGAUUGGACGGAGUCACCCGAUGGUUGUGAUGGUAACAAUCUGGUGCUGGUACAGAGCGUGGCUGAGAUGAAUAAACUAGAAGAGUACAUGAACAAAAACAAAUUUGCUGCCGGCAAAUAUUGGGUCGGUAUAAGGAAAGACACGACCAAGGGAGACAAACCAAAAUGGUUGGACAACUCGGAUGUUUCUCAAUCAAUAAUAAAACCCAACAGAAGAAGAUACGACUGUAGCGCAAUAAAUUUACAACCCAACCAGUUUCAACUUGUUCUACAUGACUGUGACGACACACUGCCCUACAUCUGUGAAUACACACAAAUUACUGCCCGCCCCCAAACCGCCACUACAACUCCAGACAUGCAGAUAGCAGACAGCAGCGUGCUACCCACAGGAACUAUCCGCCUCGACCCAUCCAUCCCAAAAUCUGCCACCCCUGGAAAUGUCAACAACACAUCAGCAACACAAGGAACAACUAAACCAACAGUCUACGUCCAUCCACCAACAGAAAAGACCCCUACAGUCAACACACACAAAGCUCCAGAAGUUUCUCGUAAGGAGAAAGUUCCAGAAGUUUCAAGUCAGUCCAGCACUAGCUCGAGCACAGUAAGCACAACUCAGAAACCAUCACCAACGUCAACUACCACAGUUACAACACCAACCACCAGUAGAACAACUACUACCACAACAACAACAGCAAGCACUACCACAUCCAGGAAGACAACCACGACACCAAUCACCACACCAAACCGACCUACCAAGAGACCAACCACCACACCUGCCAGCACUACCACCACCAGCUCUGUAGAAACCAAACUAAAAGCUUAUAAAAACUGCUACAUCCCAAGUUUUGGCUCCAAUUUAAUGGAACAAUUAAUCACUGCUGAAACUUUUUACACCAACCCUCGUGUGUGUCCCAACACAACCAUUGGUUCAGUCAACUGGCCAUCUACACUUCCUGGUCAAACAGCUCAAGUCCGUUGUAAAAACAGAAAAGGUACAGCGACGUGGGCCUGUAGCCAACAAGAGACAAAAGUCUGUUGGAUUGGUCAGCCUGAUGUUUCUGGGUGUGUGGAUGAGAAGCUGCAGAAAAUAUUGAACCUGGCUACCAAAGUAGAAACACCAUCAACAUCAACAAAUGAAACGAAACCAACAGAGCCUCCACCUAGCGGCGAAGAAGUGGUAGAGAUGACGUCACAGAUCAAAGAAGUGACGACUGCGAAAGAAACAACAAUGGAGGAUGUGUUAGUCACAUCACAAGUUCUAACGUUAGUCACCAAGAAAAAAGCCAACGCCCCUCCCAAAGACAUCCAGGAGAUUAAGGACAUUGUCGAUAAUGUCAUCGCAGCAGGAAGUAAUCUCGUCUCCACCAACAAAUCAGCCAUGUGGGAGGAAAUGACGCAGGUAGAUAAGGUCAACUCGGCAUCAACACUUCUGGUUGCCAUGGAGACAGCGACGUUAGCCAUGGCAGAGGAAAUUAAGCAACCGAUUGUGAUAACUCAACAAGAUGAGAAUAUCGAUCUAAAACUACACGUGAUCAGUGAAGACACGUUCACCAAGGAGAACAAGACAGAACUGGUCUAUACAACUGACCAAUCAGAAACAUCGUUCACCAUUCCUAAAGAAACUUUGUUCAUCUUUAACAAAGAAGGUGAACUGGCCAAGGUUGUUUUUAUGACUCAUUACUCCAUGGCCGACAUCCUGGGGGUCCAAGAGAAACCAAAGACAAAAACUGACCCGGAAGUGAACGUUGAGGAGAAAUCCUCCAAGAAGAAAGAGAGAAUGGAGGAGAAGUCUGAUAUCAGACUCCACAUAGCGAGCUACAUACUCAGCGCCUCACUAGGGGCAGAUGGACAUACGCACAAGCUUCCAAAACCUGUGACCUUCAGGAUGAAACAUGUCACGCCAGUAGAUCCUAGCUACAGAACUUUGUGCUCCUUUUGGAAAAUUUCUGACGGGUCAUCAAGCGGCUACUGGUCCCAAGAUGGCUGUAGGGUAGCAUCAACCAACGCCACAUACACAACCUGUGAAUGUGAUCACUUGACCAACUUCGCCAUCCUGCUGGACGUGCAUGCACUCAAGACUGACAAGGUCCACAAGGAGGUCCUGGACUGGAUCACCAAGAUUGGUUGCAUCAUCUCCUGUACAGCUCUACUGGCCAGCUGGAUCACAUUCCAGUGUUUCUCAUCCCUGCAAGGUGAAAGAAACUCAAUCCACAAGAACCUGGUUGUUUGUCUGUUUGUAGCUGAGAUCGUAUUUGUUCUUGGCAUUUCUGAGACAACAAAUUCCAUCCUAUGCUCCGUGAUUGCUGGCUUUCUCCAUUACUUUUUCCUGGCUGCCUUCACCUGGAUGUUGAUGGAAGGGCUGCACAUCAUCUUCAUGCUGGUGCAGGUCUUUGACGCCUCCAAGUCCAGACUACCUUACUACUAUCUGGCUGGUUAUGGAGCUCCACUGAUCAUUGUUGGCACAUCUUGUUUGUUUUACUACAGUGGGUAUGGAACCAGUCAAUACUGCUGGCUGACUACAGAAAGAUAUUUUAUCUGGGCAUUCGCUGGACCUGUGGCUAUCAUUCUCUUGGUCAACGCCCUGAUUCUUGCCUACGCUUUGAGCACAGUUUGCCGGCACUCGGAGUAUGUUUUCAGCUCCAAGGAUAAAUCCACUGGCAGCGGAUUGAGGUCAUGGAUUCAAGGUGCUCUUGCUUUAGAAGUACUUCUGGGAUUGACUUGGACUUUUGGCUACUUUGUGAUUAAUGAAGACAGCGUUGCGUUGGCUUACAUCUUCACAAUCAUGAACAGCCUCCAGGGACUUUUCAUCUUUGUUUUCCAUUGUUUGCUCAACAAAAAGACGCAGAAAGAAUACCGCAGCGUCAUGCACACUGUUGUGUCCAGGUCCUCCAGCAGCGCAGGCAGUCAUUCAACCCUGACCAAACGGACCAACCCCCACAGUCACGAGCUGACACACAGCCACCAGAAACUGACCAACACCAACAGCCACUCACUAGCCUAGAGUGUACUGUUGCCUCCAUUUUUAUUUGAUGCUUUGUAAUUAUGUGCCAAGGUAGAAGCGCUUACAAUUGAUGUUUAAAAUAUUUUGUUUUUUAUUGAAAACAUUGCUAAGAAAAAUAAGUUUUGCAAAUAUAAAAUUUUAAAAUUAUAAUUUCACAUUGACCAACAGAUCUUGACCAAUUUAAAUGUGACCAAUAAAAAUAAUUCAAUUAAUAAUUAUUAGUAACAAACAAUGUAUAAAUACUGAGUUUUUUCAUCAAAGUUUGAAAAUAAUCAAUACUCUUUUUAUCAUAUCAUUUAAAAAAUACUCAACAUUUGAUAAAGUGAUUUCACAAUUUUACAACUGGAAAAAGUUCAAUGAACUCUAGUCACUGACAUGGUACUGAUAUAUUGGUGCUGCCCUGUGCUAAUCUUGAAUAUCUAUAGUAUUUGCUUGUUGUUAUAAGUAUAUUAAACCAACAUAUUUGUUUGCUGUGUAAAGCUUAGAUUAAUGUGGUGGGUCACAGACUGCUUAGUUCAUUAUGUUUUCUUCAUUCAUCAACAGCACCUUCAUUCAUACUUCAACUUUUCAUUUAUUUACAUCAUACUUCAACUUUUCAUUCAUCAACACCACCUUCAUUCAUACUUCAACUUUUCAUUUAUUUACAUCAUACUUCAACUUUUCAUUCAUCAACACCACCUUCAUUCAUACUUCUCAAUGAACACCACCACAUUCAUUAUUCUUAAGCAUGUUUUAAUGCUUUCCAAAAAAAUCUACAUGUAGCUUAAUUUAGUUUUCAAUAUUUUUUUCCUUAAUGUACAGAAACAUGACAAGUAUCUGUAAACAAAAUGUUUAUUUUUUUAACACUUCUCUAGAGGAAACUAAAAUGUGCAGACAUAAUCAUUUAUUGACUGUGUGUAAAAAAAAAAAGCUAAUGUUUUACUAUUUCUUGUGUUGAUUGCAUUUGGUUUCAAUACAUCAGCACAUUUUAAUCACACAUUUUUUUAAAAUCAUGUAGAAUUUAUCCGAAUAAAAAAUGCUUUGAGACUUUUUUAGCUUUCUUAAGUAAUUAUAAUCUUUCAAACAUGAAGCAGUUUUAUAAAAAAAAAAGUAUCAUUCUUAUUGAAGAUUAAUUUAAUGUAGUGUAAGCCUAGAAGUUUUUAAAACUUUAAAACUAUUUAAGAAGUGUAAAUGUUGUAUGUCUGUAAUUCUAGUACAAAACGGAUAUAUCAGAAUGAAUACGAUACCUAGAAUGGCAUCCAUUAUUUGGUGUAAAUUUUGUUCACUUAUCCUUUACAUUCUCACUGAGCAAUUAUGUCAUCAGCUAAUCUGAAAAUAUUAUGUAAUAUUCUAAUCUUUUUAAUGUUUUAUAUUUUAAUUCAUUGAAUGUGUUUGAACAGUUGGUUUUACAAAUGUGUGUGUGUGUGUGUUUGAAAUUCCUAAUAGAAAUAGAAUGAUAUUCAUUAUUUUUAACAAAUCAACUAAUUCACAACAAAAAUUGCAUGAAUAUUCUAUUCAUGUAAUUAUUCAAUAUGUUUAGAGCAAAUCAAUACCAGUAAGUUAAUUGUUAUUUUUAUCAACAUCUGAAAGCUAAUUACUUAGCUAAUUAAAGCUAAUUAAUAAGGGGAAUAAAGCUAAUUACUGUAAGACUUCUACUUAAAGUAGGUUAAAAAGAUUUACAAAUGCUAUAAUAAAAUACAAACCUUAAAAUGUAACAACAAUUACUUACUAAAAAAAAUUAAGAUUCAUUAUUUUAGUAAAUUAUGGUGCUCUGUAUGUUGCAAAAAAAAGUGUAUGUUAUAUGUUGCAAAUAAAUAGUCUAUGUUAUAUGUUGCAAGUGAUGGUGUGGCAGCAAGGUGACGAGUGAUUACAAUAUUUGUUCCACUGUAAAGAAAUGGUUUAUGUUUUUCUCCCACUCUAUUUUUAAUGUACAUACAGUUCUGCUUCAACAAAUUGAUAUUACAUUUACUUAUUUAAAGACCAGUACAAAUUAAGCAAAAGCAGCUAUUUUUUUUUACUUUAAAAAAAAUGUGUAUCUUCAAUUCAGUUUUUAAAAAAUCAGCUUGUACGAUUUUGUUGGUUAUAUAUAGGCCUAUAUCAUACGUUAUUUAGUAUAAGGCUUUGUGUAAAAUAAUGGUGUUAUGUAGCUAAUAAAUAUUGUGCAAUGUCAGUAAUAUAACAGAUUAUCACCAGUAAUUCUCUUUAUUUACUUUUGACCUUUAGGAGUCACUGCUAAAAUAUGAAUAAAAAUCCAUUUUGUUUGAAUA